UUACGACGCUGAAGUGAUUUGGCAGGGGUGAAACAGUGGCAAGCAUCACAUCCUCGUCCUGCCGAGAGAAGCAGAGCAUGCAGCCUGCACUGACCUACUGGCGCGCGCGAGUGCGGCGGCACAUCUGAGAUCCCACAGCCCUGUUGCCAUCCCUCUCCCACAAUCUCCAGCGCUGUCCUUGCCGGAGCCCACCACCGCUCCCGGACCCGUCCUUUUCGCCUCCGUCGCUGUCACCCCGCGCGGCCGCGCACACUAGCUCCCGACUGGCUCGCGCGCGCUCCCCAGCCCACUCAUCAAGCACAAACCCAUGCGAAAAAGCCGCGCGUCGUGCGGCAGCGCAAUCAUGGCCGCCCCGGAAACGUUUGCGCCUUCCAUAAGGCCAUUCCACCCUUCUCCAUCUUUGUUUUCGGCAAGGCCUGCGUCUUCAACACCUUCUCUCUCUCUCUCUCUCUCUCUCUCUCUCUGGUCGUUGCCCAAGCUUGAUUGAUCUCUAGCUAGCGGAUGAGAGAGAUACUACUGUCUACUGCUCUGUAGUAGCCUAGCUGCCUAGCUAGUAGGUGUAGGUCCGGCCAUCGCCGGGGCACAAGUGCCCUCCGUCGAGGACAGGAUGAGAGUCCCCAUGGUCGUGAAACCAGCGGUUAUUCUGCUCCUCUUCCUCCUCGUGUCGGCGGCGGAUGAGCGGGACGCAGUUGUGCGGAGGCGGUGGCGGCAGGUCCUGCUGCAGGAGAAGGCCACUCUGUUGGCACUGAAGCGCGGGCUCACGCUGCCGUCGCCGGCGGCGUUGGCUGACUGGAAUGAGUCCAACGGCCACGUCUGCGGCUUCACCGGCGUCACCUGCGACUGGCGGCGGGAGCACGUCGUGGGCCUUACGCUCGCCAACAUGAGCAUCUCCGGGUCCAUCCCACCGGUCAUCGGCGAGCUCUCGCACCUCCGGAGCCUCGACCUGUCCAACAACAGCAUCUCCGGUGCCGUGCCGCCAGCCGUCGGCAACCUCACGCGCCUCGAGAGCCUCGUGAUGUCCGACAACCACAUCUCCGGUGCCAUCCCUCCUGUGGUCGGCAAUCUGUCGCGCCUCCGGAGCCUCGACAUGUCCAACAACAACAUAUCCGGCGCCAUCCCAACGGCCAUUGGCAACCUCACGAGCCUCAAGAAUCUCUGCAUGUCUAGCAAUCUCCUCACGGGGCCGAUUCCAGCCGAGCUCUCCAACCUCCGCAACCUUGGCGUGCUUGAACUCGGCAAUAACCAGCUCCGCGGCGGCGUGCCGCCGUCCCUUGCCGAGCUGAGUGGCAUGUACUACCUCAGCCUCGAGUAUAACCACCUGUCAGGCCCCAUCCCGGCGGCCAUCUUCUUAAACUGCACCAAGCUGGGCGUUGCGGACCUUGGCGACAACGACCUGUCCGGCGAGAUCCCCCGCGCCGCCUCAGGCACCCUCGCCGACAGUUUUGUCGUCCUCAACCUCUACUCGAACAGGCUGACAGGGACACUUCCACGGUGGCUCGCCAACUGCACGAUUCUACUGACGCUGGACGUGGAGAACAACUCCCUCGCUGACGAGCUGCCGACCAGCAUCAUAUCGGGCAAGAAGUACCUCAAGUACCUGCAUUUGUCCAACAACCGGUUCUGGAGCCAUGACGGCAACAGCAACCUAGAGCCCUUCUUCGCCGCGCUGUCGAACUGCUCGUGCAUUCAGGAGGUCGAGGCCGGCGCUGUGAGGAUGGGUGGGCGGCUCCCAAGCCGACUCGGCUCGAUGCUCCCGCCGAUCAUGUGGCACCUCAACCUGGAGAUGAACGCCAUCGAGGGCCCGAUCCCGGCGGACAUCGGGGACGUGAUCAACAUGACGCUGAUGAACUUGUCGAGCAACAUGCUGAACGGGACGAUCCCAGAGUCCCUCUGCCGGUUGCCGAGCCUGCAGCAGCUCAGCCUGUCCGACAACGCCUUGAUGGGUGAGAUCCCGCCGUGCAUCGCCAACGCCUCGCGCCUCGGCGAACUGGACCUGUCAGGCAACGCGCUGUCGGGAAGCAUCCCGAACAGCAUCGGGAGCCUUGUCCAGCUCAGCUUUCUCUCCCUGCAGAGGAACAGGCUCUCCGGGGAGAUACCGACGAGCCUCGGCCGCUGCGCCAGCCUGAUGGGCCUUGACCUCUCAAGCAACCGGUUUACCGGUGUGAUACCCGAGGAAGUCGCCGGCAUUGUCAAGUUGACACUGAACCUGUCGCGCAACCAGCUCGGGGGAGAGCUUCCAAGGGGCCUCAGCAACAUGCAGCAAGUACAAACGAUCGACCUGUCCUGGAACAACUUCACCGGCGAGAUCUUCGCCGGCCUCUCGGGCUGCGUCGAGCUGACGGUCCUCGACCUGUCGCACAACUCGCUCACCGGCGUCCUCCCUUGGUCCUUCGGCGGCCUGCAGAGCCUGGAGACCCUCGACGUCUCGAACAACUCCCUGAACGGCGAGAUCCCCGUGAGCCUGAUCAAAUGUACCGGGCUGAAACAUCUCAACCUGUCGUACAACAACUUCAGCGGCGUCGUGCCCAGCACCGACGCUUUCGCGCGGUUCAGCUUUCUGUCCUACCUUGGCAACCGGCGGCUUUGCGGUCCGGUGGUCAGGCGCGGCUGCGGAAGGCACCACCGCACGUGGUACCAGUCCCGGAAGUUCUUGGUCGUCAUGUGCGUUAGCACCGCCGCGCUGGCGUUCGCGCUGACGAUCCUCUGCGCGGUCAGCGUCCGUAAGAUCCGUGAGCGUCUCGCAGCAAUGCGGGAGGAAGUGUUCAGGGGCCGACGCAGCUGCGGCUCGUCGCCGGUCAUGAAGUACAAGUACCCGCGGAUCACGUACAGGGAGCUGGUCGAGGUGACCGACGAAUUCAGCGCGGACCGGCUCGUCGGGACGGGCAGCUACGGGCAGGUGUACCGCGGCACGUUGCGCGACGGCACCAUGGUCGCCGUGAAGGUGCUGCAGCUCCAGACGGGGAACUCGACCAAGAGCUUCAACCGCGAGUGCCAGGUCCUGAAGCGCAUCCGGCACCGGAACCUCAUGCGGAUCAUCACGGCGUGCAGCCUGCCGGACUUCAAAGCGCUGGUGCUGCCGUUCAUGGCGAACGGCAGCCUUGAGCGGUGCCUCUACGCGGGGCCGCCUGCCGAGCUGAGCCUGGUGCAGCGGGUCAACAUCUGCAGCGACAUCGCCGAGGGGAUGGCCUACCUGCACCACCACUCGCCGGUCAAGGUCAUCCACUGCGACCUCAAGCCGAGCAACGUCCUCAUCAACGAUGACAUGACCGCGCUCGUCUCCGACUUCGGCAUCUCCCGGCUGGUCAUGAGCAUCGGCGGGGUGGCCAACACCGCCGAAGUCGGCGCCUCCACCGUGAACAUUCUGUGCGGCUCCAUCGGGUACAUCCCUCCAGAGUACGGCUACGGCUCGAGCCCCACGACGAAGGGCGACGUGUACAGCUUCGGCGUGCUGGUGCUGGAGAUGGUGACGAGGAGGAAGCCGACCGACGACAUGUUCGAGGCGGGGCUGAGCCUGCCCAAGUGGGUCAAGAACCGCCACCACGGCCGCGCCGACGAUGUGGUCGACCCUGCGCUGGCACGCAUGGUCCGGGACCAGACACCCGAGGUGAGGAGGAUGUCGGACGUGGCCAUCGGCGAGCUGCUGGAGCUCGGCACCUUCUGCACCCAGGAACACGCGUCCGAGCGUCCGACCAUGAUGGACGCCGCCGACGACCUGGAGCGGCUCAAGCGGUACAUCGGCGGCGACACGACGGCCACCUUCGCGUCGUCGGUGGGAUUCUCCUCCACGACAUUUGAAGAUAUCGAUUGACUAGUAGGAGCAGCUACUAAGAUCAUGUGGUUCAUACAUGCAUAGCUAGCAUAGUAGCAUUCCUCCAAGAGGUAAGAUUCUAUUCUAACCGGUAAAUUAAUAUGGUUUGAAUCUGCAAAACGUGCAGGAGUGCAGAGAUAUUGCAAGAACAUAGGAUCAGUUCUUUGAAGGUGUCUGAAUGGUGUAAUAUAAGCAUUGGCUAUAACUCCAUCUAGAUUGAUUUCAGUUCAGGGAGUUGCUGAAUUGAUCGCCUGUUUCUCUUGCUUAGCUUCUGUUUUUCCCUGUGAACUUUCUUCAGCAGUUUGUUCAAGUGUUGUGUAUACAGAUACAGAUUUCAGGCCAAAAUUAAAGUCUGGUUUAUGAAUACAUAUAAAACAAACAAGACCGGUGCCAAAG